AUGUUUAUUCCCAAUGAAGAUUACAUUUUCCGAAAAAAUUCUGGUCGUCAGUUUAGAUAUCUUUGGUUGAAAGAGUUUUCUUGGCUGAGAUAUUCUAAAAGUACUGAUGGGGCAUUUUGUUUAUCAUGUGUAUUAUUUGGCAAUAAAUUCAAACUAAGAUCACGUAAGUUAACACAUUUGUAUUUGGAGCCUUUCAAUAAAUGGUCUGAUGCUAUUAGAUCAUUUUCAAAUCAUGAGUCAACUAAAAAUGGCUCUCAUCUUAAUAACUGUUCAAAGAAUGCCUCCUAUAUUUCGAAGACUUCACAAAAUGAAAUUAUUAAAUGCUGUGGUGAAGAAAUUAGUGAAUCUAUACCAUCUGAAGUUCGCAAAAAUGUUUUUUUUUCAAUAAUUGCAGAUGAAGCCUGUGACUCAUCUACUGAAGAGCAAAUGUCAUUAGUUUUACGAUUUUUUGAUAGUGAUUUCAAUAUCAAAGAAGACUUUAUUCAAUUUAUUCAUUGUAGUGAAGGAGUGAAAGGAAAAGAUUUGUUUAAUGUUCUUUCAAAUUGUGUAAGCAACUUAAAUCUAGAUAUAAAAAACUGUAGAGGUCAGGAAUAUGAUGGAGCCAGUUUUGUCUCUGGGUAUAUAAAUGAAAAUAGACAAAAGUUUUUAGAAGCUAGCAUUUUAGAGCAAGAACCUCAAACGCAUAAAAAAAAAGUAAAAGAUAUCUGUAGAACAAGAUGGAUUGAGCGUAUAGAUGGUUUAAACACUUUUCUUGAGCAUUAUUUAUCUAUUUUCCAAGCUUUAUGUAACAUGGCUUUCCCUGAGAGUUCUGUUAACAAAGAUACACAAAACAAAUCUUCUACUUUUUUAAAUUCCAUUGGCACUUUUCAAUUCGUCUUUACUUUAGUUGUGACAACACGUGUCUUUGAUUUUACUUUACGUGUUACUUGGUUACUGCAAUCAAAAACUAUUGAUAUCUUGGACGGUUUGCACCUUAUUACAGUUCUUAAAAAUACAUUUAUUUCCGUCAGAAACAAUAUAGAUAGUUUUCAUAAUAACUGCUAUGAAGCAGCAUGUUUGCUUUCAAGUAAAGCUGAAAUUUUUGUUUCAAAACCAAGAACCUGUUCUAUUCAAAAAAAUCGUUCUAAUGUUCCAUCAGAGUCUGUUUCAGAAUACUUCAAAAGAGCUGUUACUAUCCCUUUUAUAGAUCAUGUAUCUACAUAUAUAUAUCUACAAGAUUUAAAUCAGAAACUACCCAAAACCCAAUUGUGUUGGAGAAAGCAGUUUGAAACAUUUUAUGAUUUUUAUAUAGAUGAUUUCCCUAAUAUCAGUGCCUUGAAUGGGGAACUAGUUCUUUGGGAAAAAUACUGGGAAAGUUUCUCUGGGACUAUUCCUGACAAUAUAUCUUUAACUCUUAAAUCGAUAUCAUUUCCUGGAUUUGAAAAUAUUAAGAUAGCUUUAAGGAUACUUGGGACACUUCCUGUUACUUCAUGUGAGUGUGAGAGGAGUUUUUCUGUUAUGCGUCACUUAAAAGACUAUAUGAGAACAACAAUGUCAGAUGAUCGACUUAACGGUUUGGCAUUAAUGUAUAUCCAUCAAGAAAUUGUUUCUUGUAUUGAUAAUGUUAUCAAUAGAUUUACUAUAAAAAAUAGACGACUUGAUUUCAAUGAUUAG